UAAUUUUGCUGUACACGGUACCGAAUAACAGCAACAUCGAGACAAGAACACAUUGCGCAAACAUUUCGAGUGAUCUAACGCGGAGAACUGAACAUUUUGUUCAAUUCAAUUCAAGACCCGAUCUCCUCCUUCGAUCCUCCUUGACUUUGUCAUUGGUAACCCGUUAUUUCGCAACUGUAUCUCAAAUCGUUUGUAAUUCACGAUGCACGUUAUUUUUGACAUCUUCACCAUCUAUACAAUUAACGGUAGACUUGUUACAAUCGCCAAAGUGACAUGUGUGCCAAAUUUCAAUGUCAUUGUCGUGUGAUUAUGUUUUAAUUAUAUCGCAAGGAAAUUCUAAGUUAGUCGAUUGAUGGCGGAACACAAUACAGUCCCAUUCGUCGACAACAGCGACAGUUCAGGCUGGUCGUCGGAAUCCGAUAAAGCUGAUUCAAAGGAAAGAACCAAGAAACUGUCAAAAUUGUCCAGCAAAAGCACCGUGGUCGAGACCGUACACAAAAAAAAGAAGAAGGGCGUGAUUUCGGUGUGUUUAACAAAUUGCAGGUAUGAGGUUAUUAGAAAGACUGCACAGAAAUUUGGAUAUAAGGAAGUGGCGGAGGGUGAAAAUUGGAAUAUGUAUUGGACUGACUUAUCAAUCACUAUAGAAAAAUGUAAGGAUAUGAAGCGCUUCCAGAAGAUCAAUCACUUUCCAGGAAUGUUGGAGAUAUGCCGAAAAGACCUACUUGCCAGAAAUUUAAACCGAAUGUUGCGAUUAUAUCCAAAAGAAUAUAAUUUUUUUCCUAAAACAUGGUGUUUUCCAGCUGACCUUGGUGAUGCAUUAACCUACAGCAGAGUACGCAAGAACAAGACAUUCAUCCUCAAGCCCGACACUGGUAGUCAGGGCAGAGGAAUUGUUAUUACUAAAAGUUUAAAGGAAGUUAGACCCUACGAUAAAGGUAUUUGUCAAGUUUAUAUCACCAGACCCUAUUUAAUAGAUGGUUACAAAUUCGAUCUACGUGUAUACGUAUUGAUAACUUCAUGCGACCCUUUGAGGAUUUACAUUUACAAUGAAGGACUGGUCAGAUUUGCUACGAGUCGUUAUAAAGAACCAAACGGAGUGAACAUUACCAAUGUUUUUAUGCAUUUAACAAACUACGCGGUAAACAAACACAGCAGAACUUACAACCAGGAUACUGAAGGUGGUAGCAAAAGAAGAUUGUCCUGGUUUAACGGAUUUUUAAGAACCUUAAAACACGACGUGGAUGGACUCUGGUAUAGAAUCGACGAUGUGAUCAUUAAAACUAUCAUAAGCGCCUGGCCAGUCCUCAGACACAGCUACGCAGCGUGUUUUCCUAAUCACGAUAUUGUGCCGGCUUGUUCUGAGUUGCUUGGGGUAGAUAUAAUUCUGGACAGAAAGCUAAACCCUCAAAUAUUAGAAGUCAAUCAUUCGCCUAGUUUUCAUACUGAUACAAUUUUGGACAGUGACGUCAAAGAAAAUUUAUUAAACGACAUGUUUGCCAUGAUGAACCUUGAAUAUUGUGAUAAAAGAAAAAUAAUGCGCGAAGACAGAAAAAAGGUACGCGAAAGAUUGUUGCACGGCGCUGUAAAAGAGUCCUUGCAUAGCGAGAAAAAAUUUACUGAUUAUUGGAAAUUAGAACAUCAAAAUAGAGGCGGGUUCCGCUUAGUUUAUCCGUCUGCCGCUACUGAACACGUUUACAAAAAAUUCUUUGAGCAAGGACAGUGCUCUUUGUUCAAUGACACUGCAGCAAGUAGGGCCAGAGAAGCCGCACAGAACGCGAUGCGUGACGAGAUGGUGCUCAAAGCAAAAGUGGAAGCUGCCAAAAGAAUAAACUCACAAAAGCCGGCUAGACCAUUAGAAGUUAAGAGCAGAUCCCAAAUCAGAAGUUUGGAACCGUCAUUCUACAUGAGUUCCAAGUGUAGUUCAAAUUCCUUCGAACCACAAAUGAUUGUGGAGGCUGAAGAAAGGGACAGGUUGCAAAGAAUGGCGCAAAGGGAAUACUUGGUAAGAAGUAACGGAGUUAUGGAGCAUGUUUACUUUUCGAUGAAGCGGAAUGGGGUUUUGAGACCGCAGGAUGAGAGAAAGUUCGCGAUUUUUGACAAAAUUCGAAGUUCAGGGGAGCCCCAAACAAUUUUAGGUGCAAAGACCAAUAAACCGGCAAUUAGCGAAUUGUUGGAGAACAUCCAAAGUAGCAAUGGAUCCGGAGAACUUAUCCGCAAAGAAAUUUUAUUCCCAUAAUUGUAUCUGUCUGGUAGUUGAUAUUAAAGCAUAUUAGUUUUGUCUUAGUAUUUAAUAAAUUGUUAUUGAAAGGG